CCAACUAGUCAUAUGACUGGCCAAACAUUGUAAGUGCAUGUACAAGUACUGUGCUUUGCAAGUAAGUAUUUACUUACGUACGUGGGGCUACAACAGAGCUAGAGGCAACAGUGCAGUGUCAGACUGCUAAAUAUAUAAUGGCUGCAUACUGGUUAGUUUCUGCUCCUGGUGACCCAAAACCAGAGAAUACGUGGGGGCUCAUCAAAGAAAAAACCGGUGGUGUGUCAGUCAAUCACAAAUUCAACAUUCCUGAUCUAAAGGUUGGCACCCUGGACACACUUGUUGAUCUGGGAGAUAAGCUACAAAAGCUUGACCCAUUCGUUGAAAACGUUGUCAGGAAGAUGGCCCAGUAUAUGGGUGACAUACUAGAGCCUGAAGACAAGGAAAAGCUACAAGAGAACCUUCUGGUUGGCCCAGCUAAGGUACCGAUGGAAACCUUCCUGACUCGUUUCCAGUGGGACUCCGCCAAGUUCCCAUUGAGACAGCCCCUGCCUAACAUAGUCGAAGGCAUUAGUAAGCUGGUCUCACAAGUGGACACAGACCUGAAGACCAAGUCACAGAGUUACAAUGCACUACGUCAGAAUCUUCAAAUAAUUGAAAGAAAAAAUACAGGGAACUUGAUGACUCGAUCUCUAGUUGAUCUUGUAAAGAAAGAAGAUUUUGUUUUGGAUUCAGAGUACCUGCAGACUCUUAUUGUUGUUGUCCCCAAGUCUCUCUAUAAGGAAUGGGAAAACUCUUAUGAGAAAAUUACACAGAUGGUAGUACCUAGGUCAACCAAAAAGGUAGCGGACGAUUCUGAAUAUGGGCUAUACACUGUCACUGUGUUUAGAAAAGUAGCCGAUGAAUACAAGCAUCAUGCUCGAGAGAAAAAAUUUAUCGUUCGUGAGUUUGACUUCGAUGCUAAGACCGUGCAAAAGGAGCGAGAUGAAAAGGGGAAGCUUGAGCUUCAACUGAAGAAGCAGUUUGGACCACUGAUGAACUGGCUGAAAGUUAAUUUCAACCAGGUGUUUUCAGCUUGGGUUCAUCUCAAAGCACUGCGUGUAUUUACUGAAUCUGUUUUGAGGUACAGCUUGCCUGUGAAUUUUCAAGCAGUGAUAAUGAAGCCACAUAGAAAAUCGCAAAAGAAAUUGACAGAAAUUCUUAACGGUCUAUAUGGUCAUCUUGACUCAAAUUACAUCGCGUCAGAGGCUGAGAUGCUUGACAUGCAAGGACUCUCUUUUGGGCAGCAAGACUACCAUCCUUAUGUGUUCUUCGAGAUAGACUUAAACUUGCUUGCUAAGUAGGGAACAAUAAUUAUUAAUGUAGACCCCUUUAUUGUUGCAGUCGGUUGACCUUAGUUUGUUUGUAUGGCAUUAUUAAUUUUUGUCCAAGA